CCCACCCGACAUUUCCCCGGCGCGUCCGCGGUUCCAAUGGCGAGGUCCCCCAAAAUUUCCAUCAUCUCGCGCUCCCAAUCGAAGACAGAGACACUGGAGCGUCAGUCUUCAAUUCUCACCAACCCCCAACCCUCCUCCCUUAGAAUCUGCCCACCAUGCUACCCAGCAGAGGUGUUCUCCGUUCGCUCCCCGCUACGAGAGCGGUCAGCAGCAUAACCCGUCAAAGUAUCUCUCGGGCACCCAGACGACUCGGCGAUGGACGGCAAUUCGGAACCUCGAUGCGCAACGGCAGUGCGCCCUGGGCGGCGCUGAGAUCUACCAACUCCAGGUUAGGUGGCCUCGCCGGCACAGUAGCCAUCGGCGGUUCCCUCGAGACGAGACGAGCCAUCUCCCUCUGGGAUAAGUCUGAGCCUGCACCGACACCAUCAGCACCAGCCCCGUCACCAGCUGCACCAGCUGCAACAGCUGCGCCCUCAGCACCCGUCGACGCCGCCUCAGCAUCGGCUUCAUCCAUCCCUCCUCCACCCGCGCCUGUCGCACCCGUCGUCCCCGAGGCUGUCGCUCCCCCGACGUCUUCCCUCCCCGAGCUCGACGGCGCCUCCCUCCUCGAUCUUCCCGAACAAAUCGGCUUUCUCAAGACCCUCGGCCUCGACUUUGGCUGGGGCCCCUCGAGCGUGAUGCAAUGGGCCCUAGAACACGUCCACGUCUUCUCCGGCAUGCCGUGGUGGGGCUCCAUCGCCGCGACGGCCAUUCUCCUUCGUCUCGUCAUGUUCAAGCCGCUCCUCAUGGCCCAGGACACCACGGCGAAAAUGCAAAAGCUCCAGAAGGAUCCGGCAUAUGAAGAGACCCGGAGGGCGAUGACGGAGGCCGUGUCGCGCGGUGACUCGGCCGCCAUAACUGAGCACCGUCGCGACAUGUCCAUGAUGAACAAGCGCGCCGGCGUCAACCCCCUCAACGGCCUUUGGGGUCUUCUCCAAAUUCCCUUUGGAUACGGCAUGUUCCGUGUCCUCAAUGGCGCUUCCAGUAUCCCCGUCCCUGGCAUGGAGACUGGUGGUUUCCUCUGGAUCACGGAUUUGACCGUUUCUGACCCUUACUUUCUCCUGCCCAUUGCCGGUCCGGUGGCCAUGUUUGCCAUGGUCAAGCUCGGCUCCAAAUACGCCACGCCGCAAAGCAGGGCCCAACAGAAGCUGAUGAUGUACAUCCUCGGACCCCUCUCCGUAAUCUUCACCUCGUACCUCCCCGCCGGCGUCCAAUUCUACUUCUUCAUCACCGGUAUCAUCGGUGUCGCCCAGAACUGGCUCUUCACCAAGUCCGCCUUCCGCAACCUCUUCGGCCUCACGCCCAUCGUAGCUCCCGCUGCCACUCCCAUCAGCACCACAGCCGCCAAGACCAGCAUCUCUUCCGGUCCCACGCGUCUGAACUACCAGGCCCCCCGCGCGGCUUCUGCCUCCGAAGCCCCUGCGGCUGACGCCGGCAGUGUCAAGGGCAUCAUGGACAACCUCAAGCAAACCGUCCACAACGCCAAGGGCGGUGCCGGAAACCACGUCGAGGCCGGCCGCAAGCGCGAGGCGGAGAAGGCUGCCAAGAAGUACGCUGAGCAAAGAGGCGAGCAGGAGAGGCAGAAGUUCUGGAGUGACACGCGGAAGAAAUAGAUGGCGCUUUCAGGGGCUGUGGUUUGCGGAUGACGAGUAAGUGGUGGUGAAAGCAUUGACUGGGGUUUACCGUACCUUGCUUGCAAUUGUAAAAUAUCGAAAAGAAGACGGACGGAAAACUCCCGACUUUUGAUGGAAGAGAAGGAGUUUUUAAAGAUAACUGUACCAUAUGGGUGUAGAAACAAGACAAAUCAUCUGGGUACCAUGCUGCCACAGCGCAAUAAUAGAGAACCACUCUCCCA